AUGGACAUCAGCAAUGACCAUGACUACCUGCACCUACUACCUGAGGACGAAGGAGGAGGGAGAGUGGGAGGAGGUGGCGGUGGUGGUGGAGAAGAAGUCUUUGGCGUUGGCCUGCUGCGCCAGGUUCUCCGCUGCAGCUUCGAGGGCAUACAACAGCUUGGCGCCGCCAUGGCUGACAUCGUCCCGUCCACCACCGGCACAGAUGCUCCGGACGAGUUGGAGUUUGCUGGUGGCGGAGACGACCCAGAGUUUGUGGCGCUCGGCACUGCCAUUGUGGCUAACACAGCCGACAUCAUCUUGAGAAUGGCCGGCGGUGACGAAAAGGAGGAGGACGAAGAGGUAGAAGAGGAGGAGGACUCAGAAGACUAUGAUGCUGAGGAGGAAGAGGAGACGCUGGAGACGGUGGAGGCGCCGUCCGACGGCAGCGAUUGCCGAUCUGUCUGGACGAUGACACGGUAG